AUGACCAAGGGUGGAAGCCAGCUCUUCAGCAAGGGCAGACUGCAGCAAGUGCUUGAGGAUGUGCACAUGCUCAAGGUGGGACACAACCUGCAGGCCAACACAAGCACACUGUUUGCAGAGCACAGCAUCUUACUCAACCACAUCUUCAACACCCAAGUGGGCAAGCAAAACCAAGUGGUGCUCAACCCCAUGCUCAAGCUCUAUGCCAAUUCACAGAACAAGCUCAAGAAGGCAGUCAAGAAGGCAUGGACCAGAGAUUGA